AUGAUAGAGUCGGUGUUCAUUACAGAUUCCAAUUAUGGGUUGGCGUUUGAAUACUUGUCGAGCUUAACGUCGCCGAGUUUCAGGUCCGUCAAGGAAAUCAUCUCCGCGCAGCCCCAAGGUUCAUUCAAUUCAUCUACACUCCCCAAGAGAGUGGAUAAGAAGGAACAACAUAUAAAUGACAGUAUCAUAGGCAUUGGACGAGAGUAUACUCUUUGUCGUAGGAACUAUGGUAAUACAUUGUAUGUAUUUGUUGUUUUCUGCGAGAAAGAUGCCUUAAAUCCCGUGUUACCGUUUGCCUUUAUUGAUAGUUUGGGUCAGGUAUUGGAAGAGUACUUUGAGGUGCCCGUUACAGUGGCUAAAUUAGAUGGUCAUUUAGAUACUUUGACGUUAUUACUCAACGAGAUGCUUUCAUCCAGUGGGAUACCUUAUAAUACAGAUUUCAAUAGAUUGAGAGAUCAUGUAUCUCACAGGAGUCUCCUUUCCAAGUUUUUGGCUACCUCCAACGAUCUUGCCAAUGCUGCCACGAGUGGUCAAUUGAGUUCCUUAAGUACACCAACGAGUGUUUCUCGAAUGACUUCCGGUGGUGGCAGUUCUUCUUCUCAGGUUAUAUCAACCAAAUCUACAGAUAUAUCUGUGAACUCAAUCCCCUGGCGACGGUCUAAUGUCAAGUACACCAAUAAUGAAAUGUAUGUGGAUGUCAUGGAGACUAUUAAUGUCAUAUUUCAAGUUAGUUCUAGAAGCUUGGAUAAGAAUAACAAUAAGACUACUACUAAAAAUGCCGUAUUAUCCAAUUUAAAGGCAUUUGAUCUGGCCUUUUAUUCCACUUCUACCUCUGGUUCGGCUUUAAGAUCUUCAUCACAAUCUUUGGUCCCUAUAACUGCCACUAUAGAUGGUCAAAUCCAAUUUUUAUCUCAUCUUACAGGGGUCCCCCUUUUACAAAUGGUUUUACAUUCAGAUAGACUGAAUUUUAGUCUGCCAGCAUUCCAUAGAUGUGUUGAGGUUAAAGAAUGGAUCAGGUCUCCUGGGUUAUUGAGGUUUAUACCUCCCGAUGGUAAGUCUACGCUUAUGAAAUAUCAAGUGGAUAUAAUAGAUAAAUGGAGGAAGGAUAAAAAGAAUAGUGAUUUGUUUGGUCUUAUUAAUGUUGGAUUUGAAACUGGCUUGGGGCCUUCACAGAAUGAAUUUGAAAUAAGAUUAUUCAUCAAUGGAACUAAAGGAGUCAAGAAUUUGGAAGAAUUAGUGGUGGAUAUAGAAUAUGGUGAUAACUUUAAUAGGAACUCAGAAGAUGGACGAAGUUCAUCUCCAGAGACGGAAUCCGACGAUGAAGAUUAUGGAUUAGAUAAAGACCUCAAUGAUGAUGGUGAAAAUGAUACUGCCAAUAUCAAUUGUGGGAAUGGGAAUGGGAAUGAAGACAUUAUUAUCAAAUCACUUCGAGUUACUCAUGGAGAUUUUACUAUAGAAGGUAACAAUAGAGGACAUUGGAAUUUAAGAUCAGUGGCUACUGGAACACAACCGAUAUUUCGAGGGUCAUUAAUCACAAAUAGAGUUGGUGGUGGUGAUGAUUUCAGAUCAAUUUCUAACCUGCCAAGUGUGAUUGAUGUUGACUUGGUGGAUACGGGUAAUCCUAAUAGCACUACUACUCGGGAGGAGAAAAUCUCACUAGAGCCAUUAUUUAUUCGGUUAUCCUAUUCACAUAAAGGGUGUGUACCUAGUGGUACUAAAGUUGAUAGCUUAAAGAUAGUCAGUGCCAAAGGACUUGGAGACACAGUCAAACCGUUCAAAGGAGUCAAAUAUAUUACCACCACAGGUAAUUAUAUUGUUCGAACCUGA